AUGGACAACAUCUCACAGGUCAUGCACGACUGCGAGACCUGUGCUGCAAUCAAACAGGCCAAGCGGGUGAAGCCUCUGUGGUACGGUGGGCGAUGGCUGAAAUACAGGUAUGGGGAAGCCUGGCAAAUUGACUAUAUCAUGCUGCCCCAAACCCGCCAAGGCAAGCGCUAUAUGCUUCAGGCAUGCUCAGUCCAACAUCUACCAGUACCAUAUGCAGCGUUCCCACCUCUGAUUUCUGAUGACCCAUUCCUUUUGCAUCCUCCUCACCUUUCUCCACAUCACCCGUCUCACCUGCCAACUCCAGGGCAAUUUGUUCCCUUCCAAGCAUAGCAGCCACCUUCACCACUUCAAAGGAUAGACAAUGAAGUAGAACUGCUUGGAGAACAUCUUCCUAUAGGAAGCUUUAUCUACCCUCCAUCACCUCAUCCACCAACAUUGACUUCCUCAGCUUCUAUCCAGUUCUUAACCCACAAUCCUUUACACCAAGAGAUUUCAUUUGGAGUACUUUACCCACCUUUUAUGCCUCGACGACUCACAGGGCACAGUAGAUACCUAUCACAGCAAACAAUGCCACCACACUCAUACCAUCCCAGCCUAUUACCAUAUGUACUAUCAUUGCUUCCUGUGCCACCUGCAGUUAGACCAGCUUUCAGUUUUGAGUUGGAUGUGGAAGAUGGAGAGGUCGAAAACUAUGAGGCACUGUUGAAUUUGGCAGAACAUCUAGGAGAAGCCAAACAUCGAGGACUGACAAAGACAGACAUUGAACAGCUUCCAUCUUACAGGUUCAAUCCAAGCAAUCAUCAAUCAGAGCAGACAUUGUGUGUUGUGUGUAUGUGUGACUUUGAGGCAAGGCAGCUACUUAGAGUUUUGCCCUGUAACCACGAGUUUCAUGCCAAGUGUGUUGAUAAAUGGCUUAAGGUAAAUCGUACCUGCCCAAUUUGCAGAGCUGAUGCUUCAGAAGUGCAUCGUGAUUCAGAAGGACUAAUCUAA